ACCAUGGGCUCACAAUUUCGUUUGUUGGCGCGUGCCCCGAGGAGCAGUACUUGUUAUCAUUUUAAGGGAGAAGUAUCAGCAAUUAUAUAAAGUUACCUGUCGGUUAUCUGUUGAACGAAACAGCCCGGUACCGUUGUUGGAACGCAACACGUACAGCUGGAGGAUUGAGGCUGGGAGGCAUCUAAGGGCAGCGGCAAGAAACGUGCCCCACGCAGGCCCUCGGGCGAGAAAGAUUGGGCAUUUCCAGGGGUGCAAUCUCGCCGCGUGGGGCUGCAUGCGGUCCCCGAAUCUCGCCAAACACCUCUUCCCGGGCGGGCGGGCAGAGCCAAACACCUCUUCCCGGGCAGGCGGGCAGAGCCCACCCCCAAAAGGCUUACAACCAGGCAUGUUUGGGCCCUUGGAUGCCGUGUGCGAGAACGUUUUUAGGGCCCUUCUCGCCGGCGGCGGCAGCCUAACCCUGGAUUAUGCACGCCCUGCUGGGAGAGAUGAAGUUUAAGGAAGUAGCCGACAUGUCACUGCGAACGGCGGUCAUCGUAGUUUCGGGCAUUAGUGCUGCGAUAGGAUAUUGGGCCCGGGUUUUUAGCCCUGCCCGGGGUUUGAUGCCACACUGUAAACACCAUCCCUG